CGCCGGACUCACCUGUCAGACCGCACGAGGAGGAGCGAGACUCUCACCGUGUUCCUGAGGAGUCAGAGCAGAAGUUCGGGAAAGUCACUGAAGAGAACCUCUUCCUCCGGUGCCGUUGUCUCGUCCUGAUGAAGACUCACCUGAACUGACGACGACGGCUUCCGGUGAAGAGCAGGAGGCUUCCGGUGGAGAGGAGGCCGGAGGUCAGUCGCUGGCCGGAGUCAUGCCGCUGCGUGGUGCGUUCACUGCCCUCCUCCUCCUGAUGAGCGCACCCACCACUGGGUUCGGUCUCAUGUCUCCAGCUGCAGUUCCAAGUCCGACCAACGUGCACGUGACCUGCCACAACCUCCGCACCACCGUCAGCUGGGACUACGACCGCCAGCAGCCGCCGACCCGCUUCACGGUGGAGGUCAACGGGUCAGACGGGACCCAGGAGAAUGAAACCACAGAGCUGGAGUUCGACCUGAGCCCGUUCGUCUGGGCGUCUAAGGAACGCUACCUGGGCCUCCACUACGUCACCGUCAGGGCCGUCCAGGGAGGCCGCCUGCGCUCUCUGCCUGUGAAAUCAAAAACGUUCAGCUUCAGUGACGAAAGGCAGGCGUAUACAGUCUGUGCUUUAGAUUUCCCCCCGGUGAACGUGGCGGCGGAGGACUCGGCCACCAGCGUCACGUUCCAGAAUCCCUUCCACUUCUACAAGGAACUGAAACAGGCCGACAAGCGGGACGACGCCUUCUUUGAAUUCAACGUCACUGUGGAUCAGGUGGAUUAUAAAUCCCUUUGCAGUCUGACGCAGGCCAUCUGCAGAUACGACGUCCCGUUCUCGGACGGCGCCGAGCGGUGCGUCACGCUGAAAGGAUGGUUGAAUCCCGGGAACCGCAUCGAGUACGUGGGGUUCAGAAAGUCCGACCUCAUCUGCCCCUCUGCGCCCACCGGCGGCCAUGUGGUGACGCUCGCGGUCCUGCUGAGUGUCCUCUUCCUCACAGUCAGUGUGCUAACAGUUAGCAUCUGUGCGGUGAAAGCCUGGAGACUGAAGCCCACCCACCCCGACGCUCUGGACUUCCCAGGGCCACUCUUGGGCGAGCACCACAUGAAGUUCAACAACGUGCCCAGAGAGGAGAUCAGUCCCGUCACAGUGACGAGGGUCGGCCCGGAGGACGGGAUGGUGCGGGGCGACGGCCCCGGGACGGACAAGGACUCUGCGGACGACUCGGAGAGGACCUUGUGUGUCGUUGGGGUCGAGGCGGAGCAAGAGCAGGGGGAAGCCAUGGGGCACUAUGACCGCCCGCACGCUCUGCGGGAGGAGGACAUGGGCAACGGAGACAUGGUGGAUUGUUACUGCGAGAGGUAGAAGACACCGUCAGAGGGUCUCGGUCUGGGACGUUUGUAUCGUGACGGUUUUAUACCGAGACGAGCGGAGGACCCCCUCGGCCAGACCCUCGGCCCGGCCCUCGGCCCGACCCUCGGCCCGACCCUCGGCCCGGCCCUCGGCCCGACCCUCGGCCCGGCCCUCGGCCAGACCCUCGGCCCGGCCCUCGGCCAGACCCUCGGCCCGGCCCUCGGCCCGACCCUCGGCCCGGCCCUCGGCCCGACCCUCGGCCAGACCCUCGGCCAGACCCUCGGCCAGACCCUCACAGAGCGGCGACACAAAGACCAUUAGACAAAUGUCCGCGCCGCAAACAUUCUGGAGAGUGCGACUUUUCACCGAUAAUAAAAAAGCUCAAGUCGCUUUUUCCUCCGACCUUCUGACAUCAGUCAACUCUGCCGUUUCUCUCAGGGAAAGAAAAAAACCCGGCGGUUUCUUCUCAGCUGCUGCGUCGCCACGACGACGCCACCAACCGCAUGUCAGAUACAGAAUGUGGAAGAAGAACUGCAGAUGAAUCAAUUGUUUUUGUAUUUGUUGAAACUGUGGCUCUGUGUGUGUUAAAGGGACAGUUCAACCAAAUGACAAACACUCUCCCUCUAGUAUCCAGUCACUUUUGGUUUGAAUUUUUCACACGUCUAAUAUGUCAGGCACCGUCCUCACACAGUGAGCCUGAGUGAUAUUUGGAUGAAUAAUAAUGUUCAACACAUACUCAGAGGAACUAUUGUUCUUUUCAGCAGACUAUUCAUUAUAAUGUGGGGAAUGUCCAGAGCAAACAAGUACAUGUAUUUUUGCGUAGAGAUUUUGAUUUUGACGCCACAUGGAUGAAAAACAAACGGUCUCCAAGGCCGAGUGCUUCUCCAGGUAAAUCUCCAUGAACUGUCCCUUUAAGACACCAACUUGUUAUAUCUGUUUUAUGAUGUAGAUGAAACCCGAGCAGCUCAUAGGAGCCUGGACUCUGACUGCAGGUUUGCAGGCGUCGUAAAUACCUGUCAAUCCUGCUGACGGCGCCGCGCCCCAGUCGAUUGUCUCCACUGCUGUCGGGCAACAACAACAUGGGACCUGCAGAACUGGCUGUCAGAUGUCGUGAACUUUGUAUCAUCAUUGUUUAACUGUGCGGAUUAUUUGCUUUGUCCCUUUUGUUUUAUUAACAUGUCUUAUUGAUUCACAUUAAAGACAUUUUUAGAAUAAAUUGUUCCAAUUUG